GUCACGCAAACGGGAUACCACCGAUUCAAUAAAUAUUAAAUAAAGUAAACAUUUUUCACAUAAAAAACACUACAAUAAAUCGCAUAGCCUGUUUACUCAUUAAAUCCAUGCAAGUUUACCAUAUUUUAAUUAUCGACUAUCAAUAAAGACAUGAACAUAAACGUGUUAAAUACCGGUACGGCUAGACGCGCUUGAUCUUUAGGGUAGAUGUUCGAGUGGCAAUCUCUGCGCGUGUUGGCGUUCGGUUUAUUUACGGUUUAUUUAUUGGAUAUAUGCUAAUUACGUGAGUGGUGCAAAAUGUCGCCGGGUAGGGGUAGUUGGUCUUAAACUUAACGUGAAAUAAAGUGUUGACUUAAGUGCGCGUCUAUGUAAUUUAAGCAGUGGUAUCGAUUAGUUUAUUGGCAAUAUAAGACAAGACAAUUCGUGUGCAUUCAACUGAGCACUCGAAAUUUUACUAAUCGCUUAACUUGAUAAAUAGAUCAGCUGUUAUAUCGGAGAUCUCUGCAUUUGGACGUGCGUUUAAUCCGUGUGAGUUAUUAAGUAAGAUCGGAACAAUAAAAUGAUUAUUAUUGUAUAAUUAUAAUUAACCUUUUAUUGUGCGUUUAAAAUAUCUAACGGUGUUUCAAUUAAUUAAAAUUUAAAAUAAACUAAGUUUAAGCGUUGUUUUGUCCUAAAAUACAUAUGGAACCGUAGUUUUUGUUGUGCAAAGAGUUAAAUGGAUACAUUGACACACAUUAUUGAAAGGAUUUCUAAUCUGGAUAUGUGACGGCGAAUCCUAAUAGUGUGAGAUAAAAUGACGGAAUAACAUUUCUACAAAACAACGUUCAGCUAUUGACGUAAAGGUUAGACGUCGACAUCGACGCAAUGGGUGACGAUACGCUGUGUGUGGGGGACGUCGUUUGUCUUUAUUCGGCCGAAUCAUACGGCUUUGUAUUCUCCUCACAGAGCAGUUCUGUACACAAUGAGGUUGCUGUUGGGUCCAAACAGAACAAAGAAAAGCCAGACUUCAAAGAUCAAAAUGUAUUCUCAUUCGAAGUGUGUGUGGCCAACAGAUACAAGCUGAACAAAGAGCUGCGGAAACUACAGGACAAGAUUGAGGAGGACCCAAAGAACUUAGUCCUGAGAAGUCAGCUGCAUGGGAAAGAGCAAGCGGCCAAAUCAGAAACAGACGAUAAUGAGCAGGAACAGAGCAGACAACAGGGGAAGAAACUCUUGUAUGGUCAGAUCAUUCAGCUGAAGCACCGGUUCACUCAGAAGUUCAUCCAUGUUAGCACCACAAUCACAUCUCCGACUGAAAGCAACAACAUGGCUGUUGAACUUCAAGAAUUUAAUGCCAAGCACGCACAAUUCAAGGUCAUGCCUCGUUACAAGGUUAAAGCAGAAGGUGAUGUGGUGCAAGUAGAUGACCAGGUUGUGUUUGAGAGCAUCAAGUCCCAUGGACAGUACCUUCAUGUGUCGAAAAAUGUCCUUGGCACCGUGUCUGUCUACAGCAAAAACUUUGAGUUGAACCUCUCAAUACAUCAGUCUGGAUUCACAAUCAUAAGAAAAUACAAGCCCUCUCCUGAAGAUGAGAAGAAAGUCAAGGCUGGGGACAUUGUGCGGUUUUAUCAUAAGGAGAUGGAGGCUUACAUGGUGGCAGAGGGUCUUUUUGACGACGUACUCACAGAAGAUGUGCACUUGAGGAUGCGUCCAGUUGACCAGUCUAACCCCAAGACGCUGUUUCCUAGCAGUUCUGCUGUCACAUACUGGCAGAUAGAGCUACAGGAGGGCAGCACUGCUGGUGGCGUCCUGAAAUGGGAGCAGCAGUGCCGCCUGAUGCACAUGUGCACACGCAAGUACCUGUGUGUGGACCAGGGGGGCAAGGUGACCCUAACGUCAGACCAUCAGGACCCAAAGACGGUGUUCAGACUCCACCCUGUCAUGAGGGAGAGUGAUGACAUCCCACAGGACAGUUACUGCAGGAUGGAGCAUGUUUGUAUCGGGUCAAUGGAUGCACGCAUGCACAGGAAGUAUAGUAAGAAGAAGCAGGAGGAGGCAGCAGCAAAAACCGACAGCAAGUCCAUGGUGUCCUCAAGUGGGAGCAAGGCCAGCUCAGGGGGUGGGUCCAUAUUCAUCGGACGUUUCGGCACUGUCCCACUACGUCCUCCUAUGGUGUGCCGACCGGAAGUGAUCAAUUUCCGGCCAGGAGAUAGUAAGCUUCCGCUACACUUCCUCAUCUGCCAGGUCUCGGUGGCCAGUCCCUAG